GCCAUCGAAAGCGCCAGCAUCGGCGAGCAUGCCCGUUUACCUGGCGGUCAGUCGGCUACAAGUUGCGCGGCGCAAGGUAUAAAAACAUGGGCCUGCCAGACAUAGAGACUAUACCCGAGACUGGAGCGGUCUUCACGAUCGGUCGUAGCAGAUUUGCGGACAAUGUUGCGUCACACUUCUUCAUACGUAAGGAUCCGGUAGUCGCCAUUGAAUGCGGGGAUGAGCAUUCUGCCGUUAUUUGCCAGAGCGGCAGGCUUUUUGUCUUCGGAAGUAACGAUUGGGGUCAACUGGGUCUGGGUCACAAGAAUCAUAUCAGCAAACCUUCAUGUGUAAAAAUCUUGAAACCAGAAAAAGUCACACACGUCGCAUGCGGAAGAGCGCACACUUUAAUAUGUACAGGAGCCCAGAAAAUCUUUGCGUGUGGCAGUAAUCAAGAAGGUCAACUAGGCCGAGAAAAUUCCGCGAUAGGCGAUAGCUCUAGUUCUCCAAUCUUGAUCUACGAUUGCGGACUCGCUGGGCCUAGAAUCGUCCAAAUUGCAGCAGGAUCGCAUCAUUCGAUGAUUUUGACCAGCGACGGAGGAGUUGUUGCCUGGGGAAGUAACCUAGAGGGGCAGUUGGGAUUGCCGGGGGUUUCGGGCCUUGUUAACAAACCUACAAAGGUCCCUAUUCCUGAACCGGUAAAAGAAAUCAGCGCGGGAUAUUAUCAUUCAGCCUUUUUGACUGAGAGCGGUCUCGUUUAUGUUUGUGGCGAAUCGGAAAGCGGUAAACUUGGAAUCGAUGUCAAUUUUUCUACGCAAGUCGCCCCGAAGCAAAUGCAAUUGCCGACACCAGCAAUUCAUGUCACCUGCGGUGGUCAUCAUACACUCGUAUUAGCAGAAAAUAGUAACAUUUACUGCUCCGGCAGUAAUGCUAGUGGGCAACUUGGAAUGGGCACGAACCUCAACGAGAUACAUAUGCCGAAACAUCUUGCACGCGGGUCUCUUCGAAAUGAAAAGAUCGUUAAGAUUGCUUGCGGUGAAAGUCACAGUGCUAUACUUACUGAACUUGGCAAACUUUUCACUUGUGGUGAUGGACGGCACGGUAAAUUAGGUUUGGAGGAAAAUGAAAAUAAUGUUCACGAAGUAACAUUUGCUGCUAAAUAUCAGGAACUUUUUAUCACGAAUGUCGCAUGCGGGGGAUGUCAUACGAUAUUGGUCGGGCGAAGACAUGAGAUGGAUUCUCAAUCGCAAUCAGAUUCCACUGAGUCAGCCACACAGAACAAAAGCUCUUUACCUCCUUUAAAGCUUCCUGUAAAUAUACAGAAUGAUCAUCGAGUGGACACUACGGAAAAAUCGACACAUGAAAAAGAUGAUUCACAUCAUGUCGAUAAAACACCGAAACAUAACGAUACUGAACAUAAUACUGAAAUGAAUUCAAAAAAUUCACCAAAUUCUUCAAAAAAUUCGCCAAAGGAAAGUACGAAUAUUGUCAAUCAUGAAAAAAUUUCGUCUUCGACAAACGACGAAAAAAUUGCGAGUCCUAAGAAAUGUUCAGAAACUAGUCCAUUAGAAACUCCAAAAGAAAAAGUUCAAACCCCAAAUACUAAAGUGGAAGAAUCACAACCGAAUGAUGAGAAAGAUGAAUCAAAGAAUAAAGAAAGUACGCAGAAUGACGAAGAUACUAAAGAUAAAAUUGAUGAUGAAAGUAAAAAUGUUCAAGAAAAUGAUGAGAGCGAGAAAAGUAAUAUAAACGAAGAAAUAACAAUGCAAGAUGCCGAGGAGUCAUGCACAGAAACAGCAGUUUCGAGGAUACAGGAAGAAACGGAACAAGAAACGAAUCCCAUACCACCGCCGAAACCACCGAGACUAAAAUCCGGAAGUGUCGAAAAUAUGGGCAAUGAGAACAAUUCCUCACAGGAAAAUGAAGAAGAUGAACGCGAAAAGAAUGAACACAAACAAAAAGAGUGCGAAAAAGAUGAGAGCGAAAAAGAAAAGGACAAAAAAGAUGAGAGCGAAAAAGAAAAGGACGAAAAGGAAGAGACGAAAACGAAUGACGAACCCAAAAAUUCAAGCCUAAAGUCGCCUGAAAAAUCGAAAUCAACAAUUUCAGAAAACAUCACUGAGAAGAUUACAGAAGUUAUUGAGAAUUCGGUGGAGAAAAUCAAGGAGGAAAUACAUGGUGGAGAAUUAGAGAAAGUGGAGACGGAUGGCGCGCAGGACGAUGCUGAUGUGGUGCAAUCUCCGGCACCGCGAACAGCUAAAAUGGCGAAGUUAUUUAAAGGAAAGAGAGAAGAGAUAGAGAAUGGAACUAAAACGAGCAGCGCUGUGAAUCCAAAAGCUAAGUCAAAGACAUGCAUCGUUCUGUGAUCGAGAAGACUUCGAAGAAAUAUUAUAUAUAUAAUCUAUUAUAUUUUUUAUAAAAUACUCUUAUAGGUUUUCGUCGCUGGAACCAAUACGCGUGGAACCGGAAAUCUGCUCCAAUAAUCUGCAGCUCGAUUUAACAAGAAUUUGCCUUCAAUCAUAUUUAUAAUAGAAUUAGUUUAGAUGUCUCCUACAUUAUAUAUCACAUCGAUUUCCACUUCUCGUUACGGCGACGAAGAGUUUAAAUAAGAGCAAUAAUUCACUGACUGUAUCUAGGCUCUCUAAAUAUAAGUUACAUAGAAAUUAAUUUCAUUUUUAAUAUCAAUCUUA